UAAUAAUAUCAAAUAAUAAAGUAAUCCUUACGUCUCGCAUUUUUUAUGAAAUGUAGUUUUAAAAACGGUUCUAAAUAAAUAAAACUAAUAUGCUUUUUAUUUUAGUUUCCAGGUCAUCUAGAAAAAAGCACCCCUGCGCCCAUUUUGGAAAUUAUCACGAAACCUGUUGCUAUUGCUGUCAAUUUUUCCUUAAUAAGUCACAUUUUUUAUUGCAUUUUUUUAUUUUUCAUUAUGUAAAGAAAAUAAAAAAUUGCAAAAAUAAUAAAGCAAAUAUUAGAUUACACACUAAUAAUAACAUGCCUCUAUGUGAAAUUUGUUGUAAAACACCUAUAACGAAAGGAAAUUUAAGAAACAAAUGUGAAAUGUGUUCCGGGCAGCUCAUACAGAAAUACUCUAAAAAUACUCACAAAAAAAAUCGCAGUGAAGGAAAAUUGUUCAAGUGUCCAAUAUGUUAUAAAAAAUUAAAAACUGAAUUGAAUUUUCAACUACACCUGAAACUUCACAUUCGAGAUAAACCCUUCAAAUGCGAAAUAUGCUCCAAACUUUUUAACUAUAAAUCUAACUUGCACAAGCAUUUUGUAACUCACACUGGAGAAAAAUCGUUUACAUGCUCAAUAUGUUCGAAACGGUUCACCCAAAAAACCAGUCUCCAAAGGCACUUAAAAAUUCAUUCUGGCGAAAAAUUGAUGAUAACUUGCCACAUAUGUCCGAAACAGUUCGACGAAUGUAAUAUAAAAAGGCAUUUAAAAACUCACUCCGGAGAAAAAUCCUUUAAAUGUGAAAUGUGUUCGAAACAGUUUAGUCAGAAAUCCACUUUGAAAAAACACUUCAGAAUUCACACUGGAGAAGAAAAACAGUUCCAAUGCGAAAUAUGUUUGAAACAGUUCAGCGAUAAAUUUAAUUAUAAAACGCACUUGAACAUUCACGCUCCAGAGAACCCGUUCGCGUGCGAAAUAUGUUCGAAAGAAUUCAACCAUAGAUCCAAUUUGAAGGAACACUUAAGAACUCACACUGGUGAGAAACCGUUCAAAUGCCAUAUAUGUUUGAAUGAAUUCGCUCAUAGGUCAUCUUUUAAUACGCAUUUUUAUCGUCACACUGGAGAAAAGCCAUUUAAGUGCGAAUUGUGUCCCAAGCGAUAUACCCGGAGUUCCAAAUUGAAAUUACAUUUCUUGAACAAGCACAGUGGAAAUUGAUGGUUCAAAUGUCAAAUAUUGAAUGAGUUUAGCUCUAAAUUCCAUUUUGAAAAUUCAAAAUUGUUUAACCAUAAAGUCUGUUUAAAAACACACUUAUAAAAGCCACACUCGAAAAAUGUAUUGGACUUCACACUGGACGAAAUAGUUUAGCAACAACAACAAGUCCAGUUUUAAAAAUAAUUUGAAAAUUCACAAAGAAAAAUAUGUGUGUUAGAUUUUGAAAUGAAUUUAAACCUGAUUUAAAUAAUUAAAUUAACAAUAAAUAAAAAUAAAAUUAUUUUAGUUCCUAACUCGUCUAAAAAAACGCUCCAAUCAUUAUUUUAGAAAAUACGAAACUGGUAAUGUUUACCCAUAAACUAAUUCAGCGAAAGAACAUUUUAAAUCCUCCUUUACCGCAGUUCUCUAACCUAAUAGAAUUAGAGGCAACCAGGCGUGGCUCGUGACCAAAAUUUUGGGGAUUCACAGUAGCAGAAUAUAGAUCUCGGUACAGAUAUAGGUAAAAAACUGUCAGUGUUUUAGAAAGGUAUUUUAUAAACUUUCUAAAACACUGAAAGUUUUUUUCAUACAUCUGUACUAAUACCUAUAUUCUAUCACUGCGAACCACCCCACGAGCCGCCUCUGGAGGCAAUUCAUCUUUCCAAUUAUUAUUAUUAUGAAGUUUAGCCUCAAGAGAUCCUUUUAAUGUCCUAUGGAAAUGUUCUAUCAUUCGGUUUGAUUCCGGAUGAGAGGUAGUGGAAUGUAAAUUUUUAAAACCUAUUUUUUUUUUACUAAAUUCUGUAGAGAAAUGUGACUCGAAUUGCUUACCUUGGUCAUGUGACUCAUGUGUGAUGCUAUGAGGUACACCAAAUCGAGCUAUAUAAUUGUUUAUUAAAGUUUUGAUAAUUACUUCUGUGGUAUUUGUUGGUAAAGGGUAAGCUUCUACCCACCUAGUGUAUCUAUCUAUAAGAGUUAAUAGAUAUAGAUAUGAACAACCUCCUGAAGGUUUAUGAGGUUCAACAAUAUCUACACACAACCAAACUUUUAUGGAAUCACUGUGUAUUUCUGAAUAAACUUUUUAUAAG